UGCGACCAGCAUGCAAACAGCACGGAUCGUACUGGAAACUUGACACAGCACCAGAGAACACACACAGGAGAGAAACCCUUAGAGUGCUGUGUGUGUGGGAAGGCAUUUUCAGAUUCAUCUACUCUUAAACAACACCACAGAACACACACAGGAGAUAAACCUUUUCAGUGCAGUGUGUGUGAGAAGGCGUUUGCAAAGUCAUCAAUUCUUAAAUCACACCAGAGAACACACACAGGAGAGAAACCUUUCAAGUGCACUCUGUGUGGGAAGGCGUUUGCAAAGUCAUCAAAUCUUAAGACCCACCAGAGAACACACACAGGAGAGAAACCUUUUAAGUGCAGUGUGUGUAAAAAGGUGUUUGCACGGUCAUCCAUUCUUAAAUCACACCAGAGAACACACACAGGAGAGAAACCUUUUAAGUGCACUCUGUGUGGGAAGGCGUUUGCAAAGUCAUCAAAUCUUCAAACCCACCAGAGAACGCACACAGGAGAUAAGCCCUUCAAGUGCAGUGUGUGUGGGAAGGCAUUUUUUGAUUCAUCUACUUUUAAACAACACCAGAGAACACACACAGGAAAGAAACCUUUCAAGUGCACUGUGUGUGAGAAGGCGUUUGCACGGUCACCACAUCUUCAAAGACACCAGAGAACACACAGGAAAGAAACCUUUCAAGUGCACUGUGUGUGAGAAGGCGUUUGCACAGUCAUCACGUCUUCAAAAACACCAGAGAACACACACAGGAGAGAAACCCUUCAAGUGCACUGUGUGUGAGAAGGCAUUUUCAUGGUCGUCAUAUCUUCAGACCCACCAAAUAACACACACA